CUUAAACUCACACAAAAAGCCGAUCACAGUCUUGAGAACCAGUCUUUACUCCGUCUCAGCUCUCCACCACAAUGUCCAACAAAAUCCCAAUCUUCAUCGAGAACCGCAAGAAUCAAGGCAUUAACCCCAACACUACCGCUCAACUCCCCAAUGACGGCAUCCUGAGAAAUUUCGAGGACCUUGAGCGCCAACCAAAGUUUAGCCCGAUCCUUGCAACCCACCUCACACAUAAUACUCCGGGCGUGACGGUUUCGAUCUCGGGUGGAUCAAUGGUCGGGGUUUAUGAUCUCAAGACCAAUAUUAUUACAGACAUCACGCGUGGUGGUGGACCGAUUGAUAUUUCUAAGUGGAGUGUGAUAGCGAACAAGCAUCAGUAAAGAGAUCGGGGACGGCUAUAUCCUGAGACAGCUGGGGAUAGGGGAAAUGGGUUGGGAGCCAUGCGUAUGCUCCACAGAUUGCUGCUGUCGUUGCAUGGAGAACAGA